AUGACUGAAGACACUCUGCGGAGCCUCUUAGACAAACUAUGCCGCAAUAUCACGGCCGACAUUGUCCAGUUCCAGAAGGAAAUCAAGGGAGUCUCAGCCCGACUCCACAACACAGAGCUGGACACAGCAGCCCGCGAGACUCGCAUUGCCGCCCUGGAGCAGCAACUAUCUACCAUACAGAGGUCUCAUAAGCAGAACCAGGAUCACAUUGCUGAUCUAGAAGAUAAGCGGCGCUGGAAGAAUAUAAUAAUACUUUUUCCAGAAACUGCUCACCAUGCUGUUCCCAGCUAA